GUACAUAUCUACUAAUACUACUAAAGUAGACGAAGACAUUCUGUCAAAAUCGUGCAGUAUGUAUAUAUGUUGCAGACGUGUUCUUGCAUAUAUAACGUGAAAAACAUAAAGACAGUUUAAACAUUCCACACGAAUAUAUAAAUGUACUAAAUGAAAAAUGGACAUCGAAACUGAAAAUGUUAUAAACCUUAUAUUUCCAAAUGGGAUUCAAGAGUCAUGGAAAGAAAACCCUGAAUUUUAUCAAUACUUGUCAAAACUUGGUGGCUAUGAUGUUGAUCAACUCAGUAAAGAACCUGAUCAUCUAGAUGAUGAGAAAAAUUCAGUGUUGCAUACCACUCAAGAACUAGUAUUUACAAAUUAUAAAACAUUUGUACAAACUGCAGAGAGUUCCAGAGAAAUAUUUAAACAAUUUAAUCAAACUGAAUGCUGGCUUGAUGGGCUCGUGCAAAAGAUUCCCAAGUUUGUGGAGAAAUGCCAAUUAUUUUGCGACGCCUCGAAAGAUAUAAAUGCACAUAGGAGAGUGAAUAGUUUAACAUUAACCAGAAAUGCAGAAUUACUUGAAGUUCUUGAAAUGCCUCAACUAAUGGAAUCAUGUUUAAGAAGCAAUCAAUAUAAUGAGGCGUUAGAAUUGUCUCAAUACGCACGUCAAUUAGGAACAAAACAUGGAGAUAUUCCAAUUAUAUCGUCCAUAGUAGCAGAAAUUGAAAGCAGUUGGUCAGGCAUGGUAGGUCAAGUUGUGGGGUCUUUAAGAGGAGAUUUGCCACUUCCAAGAUGUUUACAACUUGUUGGACUAUUACGAUCAAUGGAUGCUUUUACAGAACCAGAAUUACGCAUUAAAUUUCUUCAAGCACGUGACAGCUGGCUUCAGAGCCUCUUGAAUGCUAUACCCAAGGAUGAUCCUAAUCUCCACAUAACAAAAACAAUAGAAUUAUCAAGGAUACAUUUAUUUAAUAUAAUAACACAAUAUAGAGCCAUGUUUAAUGAUGAUGAGCUCAUAAUGCCAGGUCGAGAUCCAACUGUAAAUGAGUGUGCUAUAUUUUAUCAUUGGAUUGAAGAAAAGAUAUCUCAAUUUUUAACGACACUAGAACAAGAUUUACCAGGUGUAACAUCUAUAGAUUCCAUUUUGGGUCAGUGCACAUAUUUUGGUUUAUCAUUUGGAAGAGUGGGAGUAGACUUCACUGGACGAAUGUCUGACAUAUUUGUACGUGUAAUUGGUGAAAAAUUUGAGUCUAGUGUCCGUAAAACAACAAAAAAGUUUGAGAAAGAUAUGGAAUCGUUUACCCUAAUUAAUAAGAUUCAAAGAACUAAUAUGAAAAUAAAUACAACAACAAUUAAGUCAGAAAAUCCGCCAGAACAAUUAGUGGAGUUUUAUCCUUUAGCCGAAUAUUGUAAUGGUCUCAUAUUUGCUUUUAAUGAAAUACGACUUUGUCCACCAGUAGCUCUUUCUGUUUUCUCUACAAAUAUUCUACAAGAGUCCUUAUAUUUGGUUGCAAAAGCAAUACUAAUUUUUUAUAAGCAAGAACAACAAGCUUUUGCAGCUGCAGAAAGAGAAAAUAUGCUCAAAUUUAUAGAAUGUCUAAGCGAACAAUUAAUUCCCUAUGUACAAUAUUGCAUACACGUUAUUUUUCCACCAAAUCAAAUUGCUAUUCAUUUAGGUAUUUCCGAAAAUUUACUCCAAACAGAGGGAAUUACAUACUUAAAUAGAGUUAAUAUACUAGAGCCUUUGGCUCCCUUAUUACCAGUUUCGAAAAAUGAAAAAGACAUUGUUACUUCCUCAUUGUCUACCUCUAAUGUACAAUCAAUACUGCAAAAAGCUUCCAAUGAAACAUCUGCAGCUGAAAAUAUAGGAGAUGUAACUACUAUAGAAUUUGAAAAAGGAAAAGUAACUGAAGCGCAUGAAACUGCAGAACAACCAGUUAUAUCUGAUGACAAACAAGAAAAGAAUUUAAUGACAACCAAAGAUACUAAGAAUACUAAUAGUUCAAAUGAUACUGGAAAUCAGAAUAGGUAAUUGUAAAUUCUAUUAAUUUCACACGUUAUUAUAUGCAGAAGUGCUGUAAAUAAAAGAGAAUAGUUUUUUAA